UCCACCUUCUGAGAUCCGGCGGGCCGGUUGGGUUCGCAGGGAGGAAGAAACAGUACAGAAUCUCCUCUCACGACGCACAAAGGGUGGACGACCAUAGUCAAAUCAUACGGAAGAAGAUGUCGCAAGGAAAAGAGAUGCACCUGGGGAACUUUCUCCUCUCGCGUCUGGCCGAGCUGGGCGCCAAGACCAUCCAAGGCGUGCCCGGCGACUACAACAUGGGCUUCCUAGACCAGAUCGAGGAUCACCCGCAGGUGCGCUGGUGCGGCAACGCAAACGAGCUCAACGCUGCCUACUCUGCGGACGGAUAUGCGAGGACCGCUUUUCCGGGCCACAACGGGUUGGACAAGACCACGACGACGGGAAGAGGAAAGGUCGGCGUGGUGGUCACCACGUUUGGCGUGGGCGAGCUGAGCGCCCUCAACGGCAUCGCCGGGUGCUUUGCGGAGAGGUUGCCUGUCGUCCACAUCGUCGGCACUCCGUCAACAUCGGCGCAGGGCGACCAUGCACUACUCCAUCACACCCUCGGCGAUGGCAGGUUCGAUGCAUUUGAGGAGAUGUCAAGGAAAAUCUCGAUUGCAAGCGUUCGCCUUGGUGACUUUAAAGAUGAUGCCACGGGAGCAGUGACGGCUAUCGAUCGCGCACUUACUGUGGGAUUUAGGCAAGCGAGGCCCAUCUACAUUUCCUUGCCGACCGACCUGGUCAAUAUGACGGUGCCCGCCAGCUCUUUAGAGAAGAAGUUAUCUCUGGACGAAGAGGCAGACGACGCAGAUGCCGGAAAGGCGUGCCUCGAAGAGGUUGUGAGUCGCAUCAAACGAGCAAAGGACCCCAUCAUUCUCGUCGACGCGUGCACCAUCCGCCAUGGCUGCCUUCAGGAGGCCCAUCAGCUCGUCAAUGAGAGCGGCCUUCCGGUCUUUUCCACACCCAUGGGCAAGGGUGCAAUCGAUGAGACUCAUCCCCAAUUCGGAGGCAUUUAUGUCGGCACCAACACGGAGCCAGCCAUCAAGGAGCUCGUCGAAUCGUCGGACCUCAUUAUCUCCCUCGGAGCUCUGCUGAGCGACUUCAAUACGGCCAACUUCUCGUAUCGCACACCACGAAGCAACACCAUCGAGUUUCACUCGACACGCGUCAUGGUCGGCCAUGCCACUUACCAGGGUGUGUCGAUGAAGAACAUUCUCCCGAGGGUAACUUCGGCCAUCUCCGGCGAUCUUUCCAAGCGGCUUGCCGAGACAAAGAAACAGCUGAACAAGUACGAAAAUCGGCUUCCAAGUCGAGAGGAAGAGGGCGAGAAUGCAGGCCCAGAUGGUCAAGCGAUCAGCCAGGAGUGGCUCUGGCCUCGCAUUGGUCAGUUCCUCAAGCCGUCUGACCAGAUCAUUGCGGAGACGGGCACUUCUGCGUUUGGCUCGCUUGCCAUUAGGCUGCCCGGCUCCAAGAUUCCCUCGUUCCACGCCCAGAUCCUGUGGGGCUCCAUCGGCUGGUCUGUGGGCGCGUGCCUUGGCAUCUCGUUGGCAUCACGCGAGGAGAAUCUUGGCCGCGUCAUGCUAUUUGUCGGCGAUGGCUCUUUACAGCUCACUGUGCAAGAGAUUAGCACGAUGGUCCGAGAGGGUCUCACACCCAUCCUCUUCGUCCUCUCGAACGAGGGCUACGAGAUCGAGCGCAAGAUUCAUGGCCCGCAGAGGAGCUACAACAAUGUGGCAACGUGGGACCACGAGAAGCUUCUCGAAUCGUUUGCAGACCCGCUCAGGGAUUCGUCGGUCGGAGGCGAUCGACAGAAUUUCAAGGAGAGCCACGAGCACGACAUCAAACCGAGCGAGACCAAGUAUUACGCCGUCAAGACGAAGAAGCAGCUCGAGGAUCUUCUCAACGAUGAGGCGUUCAACAAGGCCGAUAAGCUGCAGCUCGUUGAGAUCUAUAUGCGAAGGGGCGAUGCACCCAAGGCCCUUCUCGGCCAGGCAAAGACGACGCAGGCCAGUAACCGUUAUUGAUCGUUGUUCAGUCUUGUGUCCCCCUCUGCAAGCCAUGUCUAGGCCGUCUAUCGGAUGUUGCGAUUCCUUACUAAAAUAUAGCUCAAGCUACUUCACACUCGAUCUUCCUUUGUACAUGCAUGCGUGCGAAGCGCAAGGGUGGUAUGAUGCCUGGCGCAAUAUUUGCAAAAG